AUGGACAACCCCAUCGAUGAGACGCACCACGCUAGCCAAACGGCCGCAAUGCAUCCAGCAUUACAGCACUCGGACAUCUUGACUGUUCUGUUUGAUGGCUGUCCUAACACAACUCUGGCCUCAGCGGCACAAACUUGCAAAUUGUGGUGGAUCCCGGCUCUACGACGCUUGUGGCGAGUGCUUGAUACUCCUUCGCCUCUCCUUCAGCUGCUACCGGAGGUCGAUAGGUGUUCCAUUAGCACGUAUUUACAGCAACUGCUAAGGGUCCAAUUUUAUGCACAAUUCGUUCAGUCUCUCACCAUUCAUCUUAAAUACCAUGGUGCCAUGAUCAACGAGUUUACCCGGAUUUUGUAUCCACGUCUUCUCCCGCAUCUCAUUUCUUUGAAUUGCCUCCUCGAUGGACCAAAGGAAACUCGGAGUGCCUGCGCUUGGCUUGGGAUAUGCUCUCCCAAGAUCUCACUCUCUAUCCUUAAUUGUCCGGGAGCCACCUGCCUUCCAGUCAUUCAAUUCCUCCAUCAUCACGGCGCCUCCCUGACGUCCCUCAAUCUGCACAUCGACGAAAUCUCACGAUCUUAUGAUGCCGUCAAAGACUGUUUAUUGGACGUAUUGAAGCUGCUGGUUAACCUUGUAUCCUUGACUGCAAACUGGCAAAUUCUUUUUAUCCCAACCGUAUGGACUUGCAUUGCCCAACUCCCCAACUUAGAGGAAGUCCACUCACCAUCCGUCGAGGAGGAAUCCGGCGCCGACGCACCCGAUCCCUCAGCCUGGCAUAGUCUCGAACCCUCCACAUUAGAUACUCCAUUCCCAUCCCUUCACACUAUCGAGAUGGCCGUCCCGUCUCAGUUAGCGGCAAUCGUUCUAGGGUAUUAUCCCUUAGAUGGCGUACGUUUUCUCAGACUGCUACUGACGGACGACGAGAACGAUCCGCCAACAGAGCAGUCGCUGAUCCAAAUAGUCACACUAUGUAAAGGCUUGCAUGGAUUGCUUCUCAUAGCCCCUGGUUUUAGCCUCCCUGUGCUGAAACUGCCUCUAUCGCCUAAUCUCACUCAUUUGACGGUCUGCACCAAUGACGUCGAGACGAUUACCAAUGCUGAUGUGGUAUAUCUAUGCUCUAAGAUGCCCAACCUUGAAGAAUUGGGUUUAAUCCCGGUAGAGGUCGACAGAAAUGAUGAUCCUCCGGGACUAACGCUGGAAGUCAUACGGUCAAUUGCGGGCGUAUGCCCUCGUCUCGAGCGCGCUUCGUUGUAUAUUAAUACGGACGUCUCGGGUAUUCAAUUCUCCUUCGACGACCCUCCUUUUCCUUCGAAUCAUCCACUUUCUACGCUAUCCUUCGUGCCAUCCUCAGUCCGGAAUCGCUCCGAGGUGGCAACGUAUCUGUACACUGUGUUCCCGGACGCUCGACGUUCACCGACGAUCAUGGCACCAAGAGUCAGUUUUGUUCAGUAUUUCAAUUGGGAUGGGCCGUAUCAUGAUGCUCCUGAGGAUCCUGAGGAGGAAUGGGAAUGGGAGUGUGUCAAGGAGUUUAUGGAUACGCUCAGGAGGCGAGUCGUCCCUUUUUUCCGGAGUCGAUUGGAACAGAAGGAUACAGAAUUGGAGGCGUUACGGAAGAAACCCUAG